CCAACACGCCACACGACCUCAUCCAUAUCACACGCGACACCCUCAUUUGCGCAGCAUACAGCUUACGUUUUGUUUCAACACCUCAACUCGAAGCACCCGAUCAGCGCCGCACCACACCAGACGUCGUAUAACCCCCAGCCAUGUCCGAACGAAAAGUGCUUACCAAGUACUACCCACCGGAUUUCGAUCCUUCGAAGAUCACGCGCCAGCGCGGUCCCAAGAAUGCCGGUCCCAAGCUUAUGACCGUUCGCCUCAUGGCGCCCUUCUCCAUGAAAUGCACACACUGCGGCGAGUUCAUCUACAAAGGCCGCAAGUUCAAUGCGCGCAAGGAGACGACCGACCAAAAGUACUACAACAUCGCCAUCUUCCGCUUCUACAUUCGAUGCACGCGAUGCUCCGGCGAGAUCACCUUCAAGACAGACCCUAAGAACAUGGACUACGAAUGCGAGCGUGGCGCAAAGAGAAAUUUUGAGCCGUGGAGAGAGGCCAAGCUCAACGAGGAGACCGAAGAGGAACGCCUGGAUCGCAUAGAAAGGGAGGAAGCAGAGCGUGACGCGAUGAAAGAACUCGAGACAAAGGUCAUCGAUGCCAAAACCGAGAUGGCCAUCGCGGACGCUCUCGACGAGAUCAGGUCGAGAAACGCAAGGCUGGAGAAGGCGGACCGCGAGGGCAAAGGAACCGAGGUACAACCCGAUGCUGCCGACGAGCGACGCAAGAAGCAGGAGGAAGAAGACGCAGAGGCUGCACGACAAGCAUUCGCAAAUCGGAGCAUGCCUGACAUCGGCGAGGAGACGAUUGACGAAGACAUGUUCGACGCGCCCAUCGAGGUACCCGUUGCUACAACGUUCACCAAGAAGCCGAAGGAAAAGAAAGACUUCAGCGCUGCGUUAGGCCUCAAGAAAAAGGCGCCUGCUUCGACACCCGCGCCUCAGGUCAAAGCUACCGCACAACCCUCGAAAUUAUCGACCAUGCUCGUAGCUGGUUAUGAUAGCGAUGACGACUGAGCUGUUGAAAGACCAUUCCAAGCGUACACAAGAGCAAGCAGUGCAUACACGCACCCACGACAUCUCGGAUGCCUCCUAAUUCACACA